AUGUUGAAUAUGAUUCUCACAGCAGCUUUUGUUUCGCUUGCCUUGCUCUCUGGUACCGCUACAGCGAGACCUGGAUGCGGCGUUGAGUGUGCGGACUUGGAAACCCUUCAAGGCUUGAAUCUCCCGGGCUGUACGCAAUUCAAUGCAACUCCCGUUGCUGCAAGCUCACUGUCCAUUCCUCAGGCCUCCAUCAACGGUGGGAACAAGGCUGCCUUUUGCCGAGUCGUCGGUAUCAUCCCGUAUGGUCCUGAUGGAAACAACACUCUAAACUUUGAGUUGUGGCUGCCUGCCAAGUCAAACUAUGACGGACGCUACGUGGCUGUUGGUAAUGGAGGUUUUGCUGGCUCCAUUGACUAUGUUUCAAUGUUGCAACAAUUGAACAACGGCCAUGCUGUUGCAGGAGGUGAUGGAGGGCAUCCGUUGUCCGAGAAUGGCGAGACAAAGCCUGGAUCCUAUGUAGCUUUCUUCCAUGACAGGUCGAAGGUAUUGACAUGGAUACGAGACUCAAUCGCCAUGUUCACCCGGCCGGCAAAAAAGCUCACCAGUGUGUACUACGGAAGAUCUCCAAAGAAGAUGUACUACGUUGGAUGUUCCACUGGCGGAGCGCAAGGUUUUGCUUUGGCCCAGUUCCACCCCAGAGUCUUCGACGGCAUCUCGGCGGGCUGCCCCGGCAAUUGGUACUCGCACCUGAUCCUUUCUUUUCUCUUCAAUGGUGUGAACUCGAAUCGGAAGGGUGCCUUCCUCAGUCAAGAUGCCCUAAACCUAAUCAGCGACUCAGUCAUUGACGAGUGUGAUGCCAUUGAUGGAGUCAAAGACCGCGUCGUAUCCGACCCUGCCAAGUGUCCCUUCGACGUCACCAAGCUUCAAUGCUCUGGGAAUCAGGAACCUCUGGUCAACAACAAGACGGUCUGCUUGACUCAGCCUCAGAUUGAAAACGUAAAGGAGUUCUACGCUGGACCCAAGGAUUCACGCAACGGCAAGCCAGUCUACCCCGGCUUUGCACCCGGAUCGGAGGGUGCGUGGAUGUUCCAGGAGUCUGCGCUAUACUUGCAAUACGGUGUUCCCAUCCUGCAAAACCUUGUUUUCGACAAUCUGAGCUACGACUACACCACCUUCAAUUGGGGCUCGGAUGUCGAUAUGGUGGACAAGAAGGCCAGCCCCUACAUUGAUCACAUCUCGCCUGAUCUGGAGACAUUCCGCAAGCAUGGAGGCAAGAUGCUUGUCACCCAAGGGUGGGCUGAUCCCUUCAAUUCUCCUUACUGGCCUAUCGAGCAUCGUGAACAGCUGCGAGGUGUAUCCGGCGACAAGCUCGAUGAUUUCUUCUCGCUAUUCAUGAUCCCGGGAGGUGGACACUGCGGUACUUCUCCACCAUAUCCCUAUGUCCCAUCAACCUACAAUACCUUCGAGCGUAUGGUGGAAUGGGUCGAGCAUGGCAAGGUGCCUGAGGACUUGAUAGGAACGCAACCGGCCGAUGGCAGCAAUACUACAGUGACUCUCCAUCCAUAUCCCCGGCCCCAAUAG